GAUAGAUUGGUCUCCCAAAGGAAGACAUUCUAGGGUGAUAAAAAUACCUGGCCUGGCCUGGCCUGCCUUGGGUGGCUGUCUGGGCCUCUGUCACUGCUGCGACCUGACCCUCCUGCUGUCCUCUCGUCCCCAGGUGUCCCUGGGCUUACCUCAGCUACCGACAACGCCGGUUCUCCAUCCUUGGGGGCCCGAUCCUGGGCACGUCCGUGGCGCAGCUCCUGGGAGAGCUGCUGCACGAGGAGCUGGCCCUGCGGUGGGAGCAGCUGCUCCUGGAUGAUGCCUUCACGGGGGGUGCGCUGGCCUGGGUGCCUGGAAGCACGCCUCAGGUGGGGCAGCUGGUCUACCCUGCGGGAGGCGCCCUAGACAAGCUGUGUAUCCUUUCCCAGGGCAGCAGGAGGUGCUCUCAGCAUGGUCCAGGGCAAGGGCAAGAAGCUGGGGAACUUGCAGUGACCAGAGUGCAUGCAUUCAUCCUUAGUGAGAGGCCCAGAUUUCCAAGAGGUCAUUCUGACCCCAGACAGUGACCCCCAGGUCCUCAAGGACCCUGGCCACAUCCAGCUCCGAGGACCUGUCCGGCAGGUGGUGACCCGCACGGUGCAGGAAGAAUCUCUGCUGGCUGUCCGCUCUGACUACCACUGUGCCGUAUGGAAGGUCAGCAAGCAGGGGCGGCCGGCCCCUCUGCAGGUGCUGCAGGUUGGGAAGGGGGCCACCGGGAUCAGCCUCAGCCCUCACCUGCCUGGGGAGCUGGCUGUCUGUAGCCGUUCAGGAGCCAUCUGUCUGUGGACCCCCCAGGAUGGGCUGCGGCAAGUCUACAAGGACCCUGAGACCCUUGUGUUCCGGGACCCUUCUCCCUGGCGUUGGGCAGACUUCACUGCCCACCCUCGGGUGCUGACUGUGGGGGACCGCACCGGAGUGAAGAUUAUUGACACUCAGGGGCCCCCAGGCUGUGGUCUGCUGCUGUUCCGAGUGGGAGCGGAAGCAUCAUGCCAAAAGGGGGAACGUAUCCUACUGACCCAGUAUCUGGGGGAGUGCAGCCCUGCACCCCUGCAUCCCACGCUCCAUCUCGUCUGCACCCAGUUCUCGCUCUACCUGCUGGAUGAGCGCCUCCCCUUGGUGCCCAUGCUGAAGUGGAACCACGGCCUUCCCUCCGCCCCACUGUUGGCCCGGCUGCUGCCUGCGCCGCAGCCUGGCUGCCCACGGCCCCUGCUUCUGAGUGGCCGGGGCGGGGAGCUGCAGCUGCUUCACAUCUCAGGAGAGGGGGCCUCGACGCCCCGCCUGGCAGGACACCCCCAGUCUCUCCCUUCCCGGAGGGACUCCCUCUCUGCAUUCCCCCUGCUGGAGCCUAAGAGCCAGUGGAGGCUGCAGGAGCGUCUGAAGGCCCCAGCCAUAGGUCUGGCCGCUGCCAUCCCACCCUCCGCCUCCACACCAGCCCUGUUGCUCUUCCAACUCUCUGCAGCUGGAGAUGUCUUCCACCAGCGCCUCCGCCUCCAGGCGGACCCUGGGGCCCCCAGCAACCAUGGGCCCAACUCCUCUGCCCCUGCGGCUUCCUGGAGCCCCCAGGACACAGCCUGCUGCAGCCAGUGGCUGAAGGCCUUGCUGGAGGUGCCCACAGCUCCCCCUGUAUGGGCUGCACCCACCUUUUCCCACCGCCAGCUGCUGGGCUGCUUGGAGCAGCGGAAGGUUGAGGGGAGAGUGCCAGAGGGUCUGCGUGCAGCCAUGGCCCAAGGGCGGCUCCUGCGGCAGAGGGACCUGGGUUCACUUCCUGUUGCCCAGCUGCCCCCUGCCUCUGAGUCAGGCCCUGAGGAUAUGCUCACUGGGCGCCUGGAGGCGGCCUGGAGAGGGCGGGCAGCUGCCUGGUGGGAGAGGCAGCAGGGCGGGGGCUCGGGGCCUGGGAGGCCGCCCAAGCGGCACAAGCGCCGGACUCUGCUGUCCAGUACCUUCUCCUCACUCAGCCGCCCUGACCUCUCUGACGCCACCCCCGCUCACAGCCCAGACCGGACACCCCCUGAGGCCAGGCCUUGCCCUCCUGUGACCCUGCCCUCCCAGGAGGUGACCCAGGAGCUGUGGACCAUCCGGAACUGUACCACUGGGCUGCUGUCCCAAAGGGACACCCCGGGAGGCUCUGAGGUGCCCUCAUCCCAGAGCUCUGGCGUCCGGGCCCCAUGCUCCGGGCAGCGGGCGCCCGUCCUCUCUGGCUCUCAGCCACAUCGGAAGAAGCCCCGCAUGGGCUUCUGAGGGCCCAGGGAAGCUGCUCCCCUGCCUCCGAGGCCUGAGGGAGCCCAGCACUGUGCCUCAGGAUAGACACCCCUUGGCGAGCCGUCUCUGAGCCCUCAAAGUCAUGUGAGCGGGACGCCCAGUCUACACUCCUUUCCGCCUUGUGCUGGGUGUCCAUGCCGCUCUCCCUGCCCACCCUGUUGUGGCUACACCAACACCCUCCGGGGCCUCAGUCGGCCCUUCCCUGAGCCUUGGCCUCUGGCUGGCAUAUGCCUCACCCCAGCCCUCUGGACCCAGGCCCCCUCGGGGACGGUUGUCAUAUGUCUCCUUCCUGUGAUGAUGCUCCUGCCCAGGGAGUGUGGGACGUCCUCCUCCUGAGUGGCACACAGGCUGUCAGAGGGGCAGGCCGUUUGGGAGAAGUCCCGUCAGGCCCGUGCACUCUUCUCCCUCCUGCUUCUCCUGUCCUGCCCUGUCUGUUGCUAUAGUACAGACCUUCAUAAGGUGGACAUAAAAAUACAACGGAAGGAUGGAAAACUCUUGUCAGGCAAUUAUGUACAGCACAGUUAUUAAAAACCAGUGAUGAAAUAUCUGUUGAAGAAAACCCAGUGGUUAUUUAUAAAACCUUAAAGAAGUAAGCAAUAGAAAGCAUUUCCUUUGCUAAGGUGAAAAUGGGGGUG